AUGUCGUUCCGCAGCCUGCCCGGUGUGGACUGCGGCUCUGCUCGGAGCACUGCAGCAGCGGCGGCGGCAGGAUGCGAACCGGGGCCACUUGUCCUAUGCGUGGCGGCGCUGGUGGUGGCGGGCUGGGCCGAGCCUGCCGGGCGCGUGGCGCGCGGCCUCGGUGGGCUGCUCUCCGGCGAGCCGACCUUCGUCGACCCCAGCGCCGAUGAGUCGUGCGUCUGCGUGCCCUUCUACCAGUGCGAGGACGGCCGGGUGCUCACCGAUGGUGCUGGCCUGCUCGACGUCAGGUUUGGCCCCAGGAAGAGGUGCAAGGACUUCAACAUCUGCUGCAACGUGCCCAAGGACAAGAUAACGAAGAUCGAGUCCAAGCCGGGCAUGGAGAAGGGCGUCAUGAACAGCAUCAGCGACGGCAUCCGCGACCUCUUCGACGGCGGCUCCCCCGGCUCGAACACGUCGCCGACGAGCGGCCAGUGCGUGUGCGUCUCCUACUUCCUCUGCGACGGCGGCACGAUGGCGCCCGAGGUGGCCUCCCAAGUGGACAUGCGCCAGACGUCCAGCACGGGCCGCUGCAGCCACGACAACGAGGUGUGCUGCGCCGUGCCGCGCAGCCCGGUGCUGCCCGACCAGCCGGCGCAGAAGUGCACGUGCACCAGCCGGGCCUACUGCGGCCAGGCGGACAUAGUUCCCCUGCGACCGGGCUCCACCCAACCGCAGUGUCGCCUUGACGAGGUUUGCUGCACGAACGCGCAGCCGGCGCCGGGCGGCUCGGGGACCUCGGGCGCGCCCGCGGGCGUGGUGCCCGACACCCAGCGGCCCGACUAUGACGUCUGGAAGUUCUGCAAGUCGUACCCACUCAGCGUGGCCUGCGCGCACUCCCGACGGCUUAAUGCUCGUCCCACACUUCGGGAGUCGGCGUACUUUGAUGCCGACGCCGACGCCAGGCGGCUCAAGUCUGCCAUCGGCUACUUUGACGCCACGGACGACGAGCUGAUCGAUGUCCUGACCAAGAGAACCUUCUCCGAGAGGGCACUCAUAUCGCAGGCUUACUCCAAUCUCUAUGGCAAGAACCUGUACAGGGACGUGACCAGGACAACGCGCGGCCACUUCGAGAACCUCAUGCAGGCGCUGCUUCGGGGAAGCACCUACUACGAGUACCUGGCGCAGGAGCUGCACGACGGCAUGGACCGCAUCGGCACCGACGAGGACACCGUGCUGGAAACGCUCAUCAGCAGCACCAACGACGAGAUCAAGAUCAUCGCGCCGCUCUACUACGCCAUCGAGCAGGACACGCUGCUGGAUGACAUCAAGGGCGACUUCAGAAGCGACCUGGAGGACAUCCUGGUAACGCUCGUCAACGGCAGCCGAGACAACAGCUUCAAAGUCAGCAAGCAGCGAGCCAGGGAACAGGCGGCUGCUCUUUACCAAGACGGUGGGUCUGCGGGAGUGGAGGAAAACCGCCUCGGUACCCAAGAGGAGACGUUCAAGUACUACCUGACGCGCGAGAACUACGCGCAGCUGGCCCUCAUCUUCUCGGAGUACGAGCAGCUCGCCGGACAGUCCUUCACCGAAGCCCUGGAGAACGAGUUCUCGCGUCAUGUCGAGGACGCCGUGCUGGCCAUUGUGGAGGUGACCCGUAACCUGCGCGCUACUUCGCGCUGCGCCUGCACGACGCGCUGUGGGGUCGAGGACCGCCUCAGCAAGGACGACAGCUCCCUGAUCCGGAUCGUGGUGUCGCGCGCCGAGAUCGACCUGGCCACCAUCGCCGAGGAGUACAGGCUGAAGUACGGCCGCGCGCUCGUCGACGACAUCGAGCUCAAGUCCACUGGGGACUAUGAGGAGGCGCUCGUCUCACUCUGCGGCCGCAGCCCCAGCAAGUGACUUGCCACCAACGGACCGAUGACAUGCGCUGUGGCUAGUGACGAUUCAUAGCCAGAAACCUAAAUGCGACCUGUUUUCCACGCGCUAUGCGUUUUCUGACAAUAUCACAGUAUCAAACAAACCUGGCCAAUAUCUGAUUCUUGUGGAGAUUACAACGAUCCGCAGUCUGCGCCCAACGUUUUUAGGUCGCGCUCGCUUGCCGCGUCCUUUCUUGCGCGGAUUUGGCAAUGUGAAGAACUGUAGAGACUGAUAAAUAAAUUGAUGUAUCUGGGCG